UGAACUGAACUAAGCCUUCAAAUAACGGGCUAAAUUGUUGUGAAAUAAUGUGCGUGGGUCAAUGUAAGGUCACAAAUAGAAGAAUGAACGGCUCCACUACUUUCUAUUGCACAAAACGCACUGUUACACUGUCUGCCGCUGCUCUGCCUUUUAGCACGUGUUCGAGACACUUCCCUCAACCCCGCCCCUUAACGCUUCUCUCAUUGGCCGUGAGCGCAGUGUCAUUCAAAACAAAAAAAAUGUUCCCUCCUACUUUGUGUUAUGACGUCAUUUGGUCGUCCCAAACACGGAAACGUGUAUUUGACCGUUGCGUUGCGCUUACAGACAAGUUGAAAAUGAUGGCGCUAUCUUAAAACGGUGACAUGGCCACCUCUUUGUUGCGCACGGAGGCUUUGAAAUGACGUUACGUGUGGGCCCCCCGCACUGGGAUUUCAAGGGGCAAUUCGACCUUUGUUUUUGAGUUCAGUUCGCAGCCUCGAGGAGAAAGUGGGUGUCAUGGGAGCUUUGGAGCGCCUGCUGUUGUCCCUACUUCUGCUUCUCUCGUGGGAAGUCAAAAUAUCUCAGGUGGCGGGGGCCAAAGCGGUCUCCCUCCCAGAAUCCCUUCUGUUUGUCUCCACGCUGGACGGAAGUCUGCAUGCUGUCUCCAAACAGACGGGCGACAUCAAGUGGACCCUAAGAGAAGAUCCUGUUAUACAAGUGGCCAUCAACAUCACAGAGCCAAGUUUUCUCCCGGACCCCAACGACGGCAGUUUGUACAUAUUCGGUGGCAAGCACAAAGAAGGCCUGAUGAAACUUCCGUUCACCAUUCCAGAGCUGGUUCAGUCGGCUCCGUGCAGGAGCUCUGAUGGCAUCCUCUAUACAGGCAAAAAGCAGGAUGUGUGGUUUGUGAUGGAUCCUGAAACAGGAGCAAAGCAAACCAGUCUAACCACAUCCUCGUCUGAUUACAUGUGUGCCAACACUCCCCUGCUUUACCUCGGACGCACAGAGUACAAAGUCACCAUGUUCGAUACCAAGAAGCAGGAGCUGCGAUGGAAUGCCACGUACAACGACUACUCCGCUCUGCCUUAUGAUGAGAAACUCGACUACCGGAUGGCUCAUCUCGUGUCCAGUGGCGACGGCCUUGUGGUUACCGUUGACAGGGAGUCAGGUGAUGUGCUCUGGAGUCAGGACUACGGUUCGCCCGUGGUGGGGGUGUACCUGUACUCGGGCGACUCCCUCAGACACGCCCCCCACCUGUCGCUCGCCGUUGAGACGUUGCGCUUCCUUACCUUCUCCUCCUCCCCCGUCACCGGCAAGCAGACGGAUGCCCACUCCACCCUGAAGUGGAGCUAUCAGUUUGUGAAGGAGCAAGCCAGCACACAAACACAACUUGUGCCCACUCUCUAUGUCGGGAAACUGGACUCGCACCUCUACGCCGCCUCUUCCCUCGUUCACCACGGAUUCUCCUUAGUGCCUCGAGGUCUGACCCUGCGCCGGCUUGAAGGUCCCGAGACGGCCGGCGUGACGGUCAGCGGGCAAGGGGAGUGUGAGAUCAUGCCGUCCACUGAUGUGCGCUAUCCUCCUGGCAGCACCAGCAGCCGCAAAAACCACUGGCUCUUAAUAGGCCACCACGAGGUCCCGCCAGUAGCGCACACCACCAUGUUAAGGGAAUCCCGGCACAGCCUGCCGUGCUCCAGUGAAACCAUCAUCCCUCCUCGAUCCCCCACCUCUCCAUCCUCGCGCACCUGCCGCUACAACCACUACCCCUUCUGGCCAGUUGUCCAGAGCGACGGCAAAGACGGCCGAGGAGCCGGCGACGGGAGAGGAUCGGGAGGUUCCCAGAGGUCGGUCGCCGUGCAUCCCGUCUACAUGACGCAGGACUGCCUGGCUCUGGCCGUGCUGACCGUCCUGCUGGGAGGAUGGUUGGCGUUGGCCUUCACAUAUACACGAGCAGCCAAGAAGCUCAAAGCUCUGCAGCAGCAACUGGAGGAGACGUUUGAAACUUGCGUCCAGCGCACACAGACCAACACGCCGAUGCCGACCGUUGAAUCUUCUGACCUUGCCCUUUUUACCAACACCGACGUCUCAAGUGACUCCCAGCAUGCAGCAGGAGACACUCUUUUAACUCCUUUACUUGAGAGCAGCGCGGCCUCAAGCGUGGAUGCUAAUGACACGGCGGGCCUUCAUACCGCCACAGCAGAAAACGGCGAAGAGGUGCACUUGGGUAAGAUCUCCUUCGCCACAUCCGAAGUCCUUGGGCGCGGCAGCUCGGGAACAUUCGUCUUCAGGGGCAACUUUGACGGACGGCGUGCCGCGGUGAAGCGAAUCCUCCCCGAGUGUUUGGAGGUGGCGGAGCGUGAAGUGCAGCUCCUGCGAGAGUCUGACACGCAUCCCAAUGUCAUCAGGUAUUUCUGCACGGAAAGGGACAACCUCUUCACGUACAUCGCCAUCGAGCUGUGCGCCGCCACCCUGCAGCAGUAUGUGGAGGAUCCCUCAAAUUUUCCUGACCUGAGUCCAAUUAUGUUGUUGGACCAGACCAUGUGUGGCCUCUCGCACCUCCACUCGCUUAAUAUAGUCCAUCGGGACCUGAAGCCUCGAAAUAUCCUGCUCUCCUUUCCUUGCGCACUGGGGAAGGUCCGAGCUCUCAUUUCCGACUUUGGUCUGUGCAAAAAGAUCCAGGAUGGUCGGAACAGCUUCUCGUUGCACUCGGGCAUACUGGGCACCGAAGGCUGGAUCGCUCCCGAGAUGCUGCAGAACGUUCCUGCCAGCAAACUGACCGCUGCUGUGGACAUCUUCUCAGCCGGCUGCGUCUUCUACUACGUGGUCAGCAGGGGUCAACACCCGUUUGGCGAGACUCUGAUGCGGCAAAUGAACAUCCUGUCUGGCAAAUAUUCACUCUCGCAACUCAUGGAUACUAUACAUGAAGACGUUGUGGCUGAGGAUCUGAUAAAGCAGAUGAUCAGCGCAGACCCGGAGUCUCGUCCCUCGUCCGCCCGCGUGCUCAAACAUCCGUUCUUCUGGAGCCCCGAGAAGCAGCUGCUCUUCUUCCAAUUUCAGGCGCAGCAAGAACGUUGCAUUGCUAAAAUGGCUACAAAAAGGACCUUUGGAUGUCAAGCAGCUAAGACAAGAAGAGCUCUGAUGCUGGAAGAGAGGGUAAAAGUGAGCAAAAUGAAAGAUGAAGGAGGCAAAAUAAAAGACAGUAUCCAAGAAAUUGAUGAUGUGAGCGACCGCAUUGAGAACGAACCGGCCGAUAGUGAGAUUGUGAUGAACCUUGAGAGCGAGCACCGAGGCGUGGUCCGGACCAACUGGAGGCUGCACAUCUCUACACCGCUGCAGAUGGACCUGAGGCGUUUCAGGACGUACAAAGGCAGCUCAGUGCGAGAACUGCUGAGGGCCAUGAGGAAUAAGAAGGCUCACUACCACCAGCUGCCACCCGAAGUGCAGCACAGCCUAGGCGAGCUGCCUGACGGCUUCGUGGGCUACUUCACCGUCCGCUUCCCCAAGUUACUGAUGCACACGCACAAUGCGCUGCAGGGCUAUGCCCACGAGAGACUGUUUCACCCCUACUACAUGCCCCCUGGCGCCAAGUAGCAACUACACUCGUCUCACUCCUCCUCGUUAUGGCUUUUGUAAAGCUCCCACCAUUUUUUGAUACACUUUAAGAUACCUUGGCUUGGUUUAUGUAUUUAUUUUUUUAAUGGCCAUGAGAGAGGACGUUCACAAGCGCUCCGUCAUAUGUCACAUCUUGAAAGGAAACGAUUACUUUGUGGUUUUAAAAAGAGUCCGUCCCAUUUGUGUAUAAUAGCACUUGUUGCAGCAACCGGCCGAUAAUGUCUUUCGAGAAAGAAAAAUGCUCAUGUACUCCUGAAGGUAGCAACACUGACUGACAAAACAUAUGUCUCCAUUGAUAACCACUUUGCUCCACAUGAUACCCGUCGUUUUUACUCUGAAACCUAACGGUGUUUAAUCCACUUAUUUUAUUUUAUUUUUUUUGCAUUAACUUGUUCCUCUUACUGCACACUAACGAUUUGCUCUGCUGUAGACCAAUGUUGAGGGAUUUUCCUUAUUUUCUAAAUUAAAUUUCUACUUUGAUUGUUUCCAAGAA